AUGAUUGAUUUUACAGGGGUGGAGGGGGUGCAUAGUGGUGAUAAUGGUAUGGAAAUGAAUGGCUUGCAAAUGCACUCAGCCCCUCUUAUUUUGGCCCAUUUGGAGACAUUUUCACAAGUGGGUGUGGUAGGUUUCGGAACAAUGUCUGAACUUUCUAUUCGACAUAUUUGGAGGCAAAUGGGUGAACAAAACGUGCACAACUUGGGUACUGUAAAUGAUGAAGAAGAAGAUAUUGAAAGCGCGUAUUCACGAAAUAAUUGGGAUCCAAAAUUGGAAGUUGGGAAAAUUUUCUCUAGUAAGGAAGCCCUGUCCAACAAGUUACAGUUGGCGGCAGUGAGAGGUCACUUUGAAUUUAAGGUGAAGCAGUCUUGCAAGAGUCGAUUGGUUGUGGUUUGUUCUCAAGGUCCAUGCCCAUGGCGGCUUCGUGCAUCUAGUUAUGGAGAAAAGAACUUCAUGAUUGUGAAAUAUAAUCCGCGGGUUUCAAUCUUCGAUGCAGCCAAUCAUUGUUGUGGAUGCCCGCAUUUAAAAUGUAAGUAUAAGGGUGUCCUCUUUAUUGCCAAUGCAUUUGACGGAAAUCGAAAUAUAUAUCCUCUUGCUUUUGGAAUUGGGUAUUUAAAGACGGAUGCAUCAUGGCAUUGGUUUUUCAGUAAGCUUCAUGAAGCUAUCGGAUUACACAAGUGGUCUAGAGCUCACAUGGAUGGACGUCGAUACAAUGUAAUGACAACAAAUAUUGCGGAGUCAAUCAACUCAAUCCUUCGAUUCGCAAGGAUGCUACCAGUGGUGCAUUUGAUUGAUGAAAUCAUCAAUCUGCUUGUGCAAUGGUUCAGUAAACGUCAUGAUUUUGCUUUGAAAUGCCCAUCAACAUUGUGCCCUGACUUUGGCGAAAAGAAGCUGAGACAUGGGUUGGAAUGUGCUUCAAGGAUGAAUGACGUGAAACUGAAUCACGUAGAGUAUAAUGUCGUGGACGGUGAUAUGGACGGCCACGUACAUUUGACGAAUAACACUUGCAGUUGUAGGAAGUUUCAGCUUGAGCAACUACCUUGCAAGCAUGUAGUUGCAGUUUGCCGUUUCUUGAAACUAAAUGUAUACUCCAUGGCUUCUCGUUAUUACACUCGAAAUACAUGGUUGGAUGCUUAUUCAGAUACCAUCUACCCGGUACAGCCUCAAGAGCUGUGGGUUAUUCCUGAAGAUGUUCCAAAGUAGAGUUGUGCGUCCUCCCAAUGCAAAGGUCAUGCCAGACCGGCGAAAGAAGCUAAAGAUUCCGUCGCAAGGAGAGGAUAUCCUAAGGAGAAAAUGCUCAAGGUGCAAUGGCACAGACCACAAUAAAGCACCUGUAAAAACAAUGUUCCACUACCUAAUGUUGGACAUACAUUAUGAAUUGUGUUGGUUUGUUAUGGAGUGUGAAUUUGAAUUGUAUUUGUAUUGGGUUUGGUGUUCUGUGGAUUGUGAAUUCUGUUAAAUUUUCAUAAUUUGGUAUGUAUUGCGUAUUCUAUGUGCUACAUUGUUGUUAAAAUCUGUCAUUUUUGGGCC